CUGGCUGCCUGGGCAGAGGCUCCGCCCUUUCGAAUGUCGAGUAUCCGGCCUCGGCGGCGCGGUUCCCUCGCGGAAGGAGGCGGCGGACGCGGACCGAAGGGAGACGAGGGAGGGGAGCACUCGGUCCUCCGCUGGGGAGGAGCGGAGGACCAUCAUGGCUGGCAGAGGCGGCAGAGGAAGAGGCCGGGGGGGCCCCAUGACGUUCAACGUUGAGGCUGUGGGCAUUGCAAAGGGGGAAGCGUUGCCCCCCCCUACUCUGCAGCCGUCACCCCUGUUCCCCCCCUUGGAAUACAAGCCGGUCCCACUGCAGGCUGGGGAGGAGGUUGAGUAUAUGCUGGCCCUGAAGCAAGAACUGAGGGGGGCCAUGAAGAACCUGCCCUAUUUCAUCAAGCCAGCUGCCCCCAAGAAAGAUAUCGAGCGCUAUUCUGACAAGUACCAGACGACGGGCCCCAUCGAUAACGCCAUUGAGUGGAACCCGGAUUGGCGACAGCUCCCUCCAGAAUUAAAGAUUCGGGUGCAGAAGACUCGGAAACAACGGCGGACGGUGCCGGCUCCCAAGCGCAAAGCCAAGGCGCCUGCAGACAAGGAGGAGGCCAUCAAGAAGUUGGAGACUCUGGAAAAGAAGGAGGAAGAGGUGACAUCUGAAGAGGAAGAGGAGAAAGAAGAGGGUGAAGAAGGCAAGGAGGAGGAGGAGGAAGAGUAUGAUGAGGAAGAGUUUGAAGAGGAGACGGAUUACAUCAUGUCCUAUUUCGACAACGGGGAAGAUUUUGGGGGCGACAGCGACGACAACAUGGACGAAGCGAUCUACUGAAGCCGCGCGUUUCGACGCCCGCCUCGCCUGAGAACCGUCUACAUCGGAUUUUCCGUUUAAAACGAGUUGGUGAGACGGUGGCAAGGGGAAAACCACAAUCGUGCACCCAGUGGCGAUGAAGGACGCACCUGCUCUUUUCCACCUGCGAGCGCACCGAACCCCGUGGGUCUCUUGGCCGUCUGCAGGUCGAGGUGGCACCGUUUGGGGAAGGCUUUAGUCGUGAACAACCCGGCCUCUUGCGAUGUGUUGGAUUGCAACAGUCAGCACCGCCAUGUUUGCUAGGGGCCUGUCCAGAAUGGAAGAAUUUGAACAGGGAUAAUGGGAGUGGCUAAUCAGAGCUGCACCUGUUGCAUACCUGCCUGGAAGGUUGACAUCAUCUCAGAGAAAAACGAGAUGAUAACGCUGAGCUGUUUUCUUCCCAUCUCGGAGGAUUCCUGCACGGAACAUUGUAAGACAGAUGUUUACGUCUUUCGACAUUCAUCUUAGUUCUCUUUUUCACUGUCUGCAUCUGCUUCUGACAGCGGGUUGACGUAUGCAGAUGUUAAAGCAGCAACACUCUUCUCCCUCCAUGACUUGGAAAUACACAAAGUGAAUUUUUCCUGCUGUUUCCAUGUCUGCAUGUAAAACGUUUGGUAAUUGGACAUUUUUAAAUGGCGCGUUGGGGUAGCAAAUGCAUUACGAGCCACCCGUUUUUGGUAGCAAACUGCGAGGAACUUCCCUUUAGUCCAGCCCAGAGUUUUCCAAACUUGACCGCUUUCAGAGGUGUGGGCUUCAACUCCCAGAAUUCCCCAUGCUGGCUGGGGAAUUCUGGGAAAUGAAGUCCACACCUCUGAAAGUGGCCAAGUUUGGAAAACACUCGUUUAGCCCCCAGUCCAUGGAAAGAGGAGCGUGAUUUUGCGAUAGUUUGGAGUGAUUCUUCGGGUCUUAAUUGCAGUUGGGAAAAUUACGUAUCGGGGCUGUGAACAAAAGAUACUUUUCCUGAUGUUGAAGAUUGCCAGCUGCCAGAGGGAGGCCUUUUUUAAAGCUCUUUUAAAUGUGUACAUAAAAUGUUGGGUUGCAAUUAAAACCUCUGUUUAAUUUUUCU